AGCUGGGCAAAAAAGUUCUGGCGAGCUUUUGGCAACUAAGCUGCAGUCUCGUCAAUUGUCAAAAGCUGAUUAAAUUUUUGCGAAAAUUCGUGCCCACACUAAGCCAAAAGAAAAACAAACGCGUUAAACACUGUGGUGUUGUGAAAAUUUAAUGACGUAGUCGGUUUCGGUGCGUAUAUAUAUAGAGUACUAUAUACAUAUAUGAAUAAGAGUGAUCAGUGUAGUUAAAUAAAGAAUUAUUAAGUAUACGCUGUCUUGGAUAAUAAUCAACAGGCAAUAGUCAGUGAUUAAACGGCUCAUACUCUACACACGGUUCUGUUUCAGACACGCAAGAAUUGGCAGCAAAGUGUUAACGAAUAAAAACAACAACAAUUGAUAAACAACAAAAUAUACAAACAAACAAACAUAAGUACAUGCAUAUAUUACUUGCGAAACAUUUUGUUACGCCUGAACAAAAGAACUUAGGUGCAUAGCUUUAGCUUAUAUCGUAUCUAAUCUGGCGUUAAUUGAAAUCACGUCAGCCGCACAGCUGCACACACAUACAGGCCUACGCAAUACAAGGAAUAAUGCUUAAGCGGCUCGUGCUUCAAAUAGUAACAAUAUGUUUAUUAUUAUUAACAAGUGUUAAUGCCGGUGUGCCAAUUGGAACUGGCGGCCCUUCGCUGAUAUUUGAGCACAAGGAUGCGCUGCUCACAUGCGUUGUCUCCGAGAAUGCGGCAAACAAUACGGUAAUAUGGAAAAAGGGUGACGAGAUACUCACCGCGGGCACAGUGCGCGUCACCAAGGACAAUCGCGUGCGUGUGCUGCAUGAUGAAAAUCCGAAGGGACGCAAUUUGGAAACGGGCGGCGAAGUGUGGGUGCUGCUAAUAAAAUCGCUUCGGACUAACGAUUCAGGUGCCUAUAUAUGCGAGCUGAACACGGAGCCAGUGCUGCGCAGCAUUCACAUACUCACAGUCAAGGAGCUGCCGGCGAGCAAUGCGGCCGAUGCAAUUCCUGCCGAGUCGAGCGAUGUUUUUCUGCUGCCGCCGCCGCUGAACGCGCAGGACAAUCGCAGCUUUUGGCGCACCAGUCAGAGUCCGCCGCUGCUUACGCAUGACUUUACCGAGUGCUGUGAGCGCGCCAAUGUGAGCAGCCAAUGCAUGGGCUUUUGCAAUGUGCACAACAUUUUGGACGGCACUACGGGCGUCGAUCCUGAGGCCUGCGAGAAGGACUUUCCCAGCAUUGUGCGCUGCAUGGCCGAUGGACGCAAUCAUGUGCCCUGCUGUGUAGAGAAGCAAAUACCCGAUUUGUGCCAGGACAUGUGCCGUGGCGAGUACACACCCUUCACCGAUAAGCUAAAGACGCGCGUCUCCUGCGUGCAGCAUACGCUGAGUGGCCUGCAGUGCAUACUCAAGGGCGUGCAGUUGAUUCCCAGCAUGCCGACGCUUGUGACGAGCGACAAUGUGCGCGAGACCAGCGCCAACAUUAGCUGGUCGCCACCGCAGCGUCUCGCCGAGCGCGUUACUCACUACACGCUGAACCUAAGCACACUGCAUAGCUUCGAUGAGGACGAGCUUAGCGGCGAGCUGCAGUCCAAGACAGCCGCCGAUGUGCCCGCUGCAGCGCAGGACAAGCUCACGCUCUACACAGUGCCGGCUAAUCAAACAAGUUUGCUGCUCGAUUCGCUGACGCCGCUCACCAUGUACGCCGUACUGGUGACCGCGGUCAAUGAAUACGGCGCCAGUUUGCCCAGCGAGCGUGUGCGCUUCUUUACGCACACCAGCGCUUCGGUUGCCGAAUCCCAGGCGGGCAGCACGGACAAGCAGCUGAUGCCGGCGCUGCCCGAUAUACGCAGCUGCUGUGAAUCGAACGGCAUGACGCAUCGCCUGUGUCUGGACAAGAUGUGUGAUCCACAGAAAGCCGAUCUGGCCACUCUGCCCGACUUUAUGGUGUGCGCGCCCUGGUCGAACAUCACCUUCACCUGCUUGGCCAACAAUAUCGAUCAUACGAGCUGUUGUCGUGCGCGUGGCAUACCCUCGGCUUGCUUUCCACUCUGCGCUGGGAAGCUCACCUCACUGGACUUUAGUUUGUUCAAAUGUUUGCGCUUUAUGUCCGAAUACAGCAGCUGCCUGUUCCAGGCAUAUGGCGUGUUGGCCGAUCCUCCCUCCAAGUUGCGCACUGUGGCCAAAACGAACAGUUUUGUAAUUUUGGAUUGGAACAAGCCAAAGCGUUUGGCCGACACUGUGACCACAUAUCACAUCAAGUUUCGGCGUCUUGGCGUUGGCGAUGACUAUUUAACUGUGGAAAAGCGUCAGCCGCCGCUCAUACUUGAGGGUCUGGAUGCGGACAUUUACUACGAGUUCUAUGUGGUAUCAAUUAAUGCGUACGGAAAAAGCGAAGCCUCGCCACGUCUCAUUACCCGCACACAGCCCGCUGAGCCAACCAUAAUUACGCCUCCCAAAUACAACAUGUCCUCGUGUUGCCAGGCAUCUGGUUUGCUGCCACAAUGCGCGCCACUCUGCUCCUACAACAUUCGCCUGUCGGACAUCGAGCAGCUCGGCCCAGCAUGCCGCGCUCAAAUGCCGAUAUUGGCGCGAUGUGCGGCCGGCGGACGUGACCACAGCCCCUGCUGUAGCAGACGCGGCGUUAUUAACGCCUGCAUGCCGCUCUGUCGUGGCGUCAUGCCGUUCGCAUUGACCACCAAAACGGGCGCAGCAGCAGCGGCGACAGCAUCAUCAUCAACAGUUUUGCCCAGCAAUGUGUCGGACUGUUUAUCAUACGCUGGCAACAUACUCCAAUGCUUUGAGGAAGGCACAACUGACAUACCGGGUCCGCCAGAGGAUGUGCACGCCACUUCGGUGUCCAGCAGCAGCAUCAGCCUUGCCUGGACCUCGCCGCUGAGCAUGGAAAGCCAUUCGGCUGCCACAUCAACCGUAGCCACUGACAUGAUAACUGGCGAUGAACUGGCUGCAGCAGCGGGCAUUGUUGCCGGCGAUGUUGCAACAGCAACAGCAGCAGCAAUCGAUGCGCCAACAGCAGCAACACAAGCAGCAAACCCCGAUGAUGAUAUUGAUUUCAUUGUGCAGUAUGGCAAAGUCAAUAACAUGACCAUGUACGAGACUGUUGCCAAAUUGGAAAAUGAAUUGACCACCAAUGAGACCAGCAUCGAUUUAACAAACUUGGAGUCGAACGCCUUAUAUCGCAUUAUGGUUGUGGCGCGUGGAAAAUUUGGUACAUCGCUGCCGGCGUCGAUGCUGCUGCUAAAUACAACAGAUGCUGCCACAAAAGCGUCACACGCAAGCGACACCUGGGGCGCGCCCUCGCCGCCGCAUUCGCUGACUGUGCUCAUACAUAGCGCCACCUGGAUGCAGCUGACCUGGCAGCCGCCGGAGUAUGCGCAUCCACACGAGCGCAUCACAUACAGAGUUUAUCACAAGGCAAUGAAGGCCAGCGAGUUUACCAAAAUCGAAACGAAGCUCGCCUGGCUGCGCAUGACGAAUCUCAAGCCCAGUUCACAGCAUGUGCUCUAUGUGGAGGCGGUGGGCGAGCGCGCCAGCUCGCUGCCCUCCGAGACGCUGGUGGCGUGGACAGAUCCAGCGCUGCCUGCGUUUGUUGAUCCACCCACUGUGCAUCCGGCGGACAAUAUACCCGAGGGCGGCUCCAUGACUAUACUCUGCCUCGCUUUGGGCAAUCCGGCGCCAACUAUAUCGCUCUAUAUUGGCGGCCAUUUGGUGCGCCAGGACACUUCGCGACAUAUGGUUACCGUUAUACACAAUGUCUCCGCGGAUAUGGAGCAUGUGUCCUGCUAUGCAGACAAUGGCUACGGCAUGCCCAUGCAAGCAACGCGGCGCGUCAACAUUUGCUAUGCGCCCAAGAUACAAGCAGCGGGCAUUACCGUCGCCUCGCUGGGCGAUGAGGUGGAGCUGCGUUGCACUGUGGACUCCAAGCCGGCGCCUAAGACCAUUUUCUGGCGCGAUCACGAUGGCCGCGUGCCUGUGCCCCAGGGCGGCAACUACUAUGUGAGCAUGUCGAACGUAUCCUCGGUGUACACUAUGAAGCUGCGCAUAAGCAAACUGCUGGCCAACGAUGUGGGCGACUAUUUUUGCCAUGCAGAGAAUCCCUUUGGCUCUUCCACUACGCCUGUAUCAGUGCGUAUACGUAAUACGCCCGCGCUCAAUCGCAAUAUAACGCAAUGCUGUGCGGCUCAGAACGUUUCGCUGGCCUGUCGCGAUGCCUGCAGCUAUUACGUGGACUUUGAUGCCAUUGCCAAUCGACCCGAGUGCAUUGUGGACUUUGAUAAGCUGAUGCGUUGCGCUGCCGACGGCUCGGAUCAUCGCUCGUGCUGCGCGGAUGAGCAGGUGCCGCGCAAGUGCCUCAAUUGGUGUCGCGGCGAGACUGUGCGCUCCAAGGAGAUUUGCAGCCUGCAAUAUGCGCGCACCAUUGUCGGCUGCUUUGAGAAGAAUCGUGAUCGAUUGCCCGGGCCGCCCGAGAAUAUUGUGGUCAAUGUGCUGUCCGACAACGAGGUGAACGUUAAAUGGGAUGCUCCAACAAAGAAUCCAAAUGCUGUCGACGGUUAUAGAAUAUAUUACCAUGAGGCCGCCGUGCUGCCGCCAACUUCAACGUCAGCCGCCUCCUCAGCCGCCUCUGCAAGUUCGUCGCAAGCAGCCGAAGCUGCUUUGGAGCAUAGCCUGGACGCACAGAGUGCGGCGAGCAUGAAUAAUGCAACAAGUAACAAUGUGCCGGUUGGCACGCUGGAGAUUCAACGCAUCGAUGUAAAGGACACAACAAUAAGCAUUAAUGGGCUUAAGAAGGACGUGCUGUAUGAGCUGGUGGUAAAGGCUGGCAAUAGCUACGGUGCCAGUGUGCUCACCAUGCCGAUUAGAUUCACGCUGGGCGAGCAUCAUGUUACCUCCGCCACCAGCAGCUACUCGAGCGCCGUUGGCACAAUCAGCGGCAUUGUGGCCAGUCUGUUGGCCAUUCUAUUAGCGAUAGCAGCUAUUGUCUUUUACCGUCGUCAUCGCUCCCAGCACGGCAAGGCGCUCAAUGGCAAUGUGGCCUUUGAGAAUCCCACGUAUACGCGUGGACUCGAGCAGGUGCAGCUGCCGACUGUGACAUCGGCCAUCACAACACAAAAUGGCAACAAUAACCGGCAGCAUGACAGUGGCACAGACGGCGGCCAGAGUCACAGUCAGCGCCAGAGCCACAAUCACAAUCACAAUGGCAAUGCAGCCACAAUGACGACAUCUACGUCGACGACAGCAGCAGCAGCAGCGGCGCCUGACACGGGGACCACAGCAAAUGGCAGCAGGCAGCAGCAGCAGCAGCGAAAUGGUCGCCGCGUUGUGGCAGAUACGUCGCAUCAUUUUCACAACCCGCUUAGUAAUACGCAGUGCAAUGAAGUAAAUCCCUCAAUUUAUGAAGAGCUCAAACUUGGCCAAGAAGGUGCUGGAUUUAAGAAACUUGUGCCAUAAAUGACAAACGCCAAACACUAACAACAACAGCCUAGCUAGCAAACACACGUAUACAAAUGUACAUACACACAUACACACACAUGCAUAUAUACAUAUAUAGUAUAUAUAAAGUAUAAACGCUAAUGUAGACAUGUAAUAUGUAAACAGCGCGUAGCGCACAACAACAACAACACACACACACACACACACACAUACACAAAAGUAUACAUUUGAAAAAAAAGUUGUCAACUUCACACACUGCAAGCAAAUCAUUUGUAGUUAAAUUGCAAUUUGUAUUUUGGGUAGCGUAAUGAAUUAAUAAAUCUGUAGUAUGUAACUGUGAUUCAACAAUUAUGUAAAAUAAACUUAAUUAUUAACAACAAUGCUCGC